GAUACUUUUUAAGUGUAUUAAUAUAUUAUUCACUAUUUCCACGAGGUUACAUUAUAAUACUGUACAGUAAAUAGUAGGCCAUGUGCAUGUCAGUUUUAAGGAUUUUCCAAAGGCUGUCAUUAACCAAAUGACCUUGAAUCAGCAAAACUGAUAUGAAGCCUUUGCAACAGUAAACACAAAGUUUUGAAGCUCAAACUACAACUAGAGAAAAUCCAGUCAUGUAUUUGGACAUGGGCUUUGUUCACACUGCAGAAAAAAAAAUCCGAUUUUUUUGGACGCAGUCACUCAAAUUUGUUUAGGUUUUUGUAGUCUGAACAGGACAAACCGAUUAAAUUUUUAAUGAUUUUAUCCGAUUAAAAUCAGAUUUUUCUUAAUGCGUCUCAGUCUGAAGGGUCAGAUUGGAUUUCAUGUGUUUUUUCGUCAUUUGCUGUGCGCCAUGGUUGUUAAACGUCAGAUUUUGCGACAAGAAAACAUAUUGUGCCGAACAGCAUAAUUCACUUCGAGCACUUUGAAUUUAAUACAGUAAUGAUGGCCACAGAGUAGGAUCGUUACAAACAGAAUUUUCAAUAAAAAUGACAUAAGUCAUUUCAGCAUGUGUUAGUUCAGCGUGUUUUAUUACACAUUUCAGCCCUACAAAACUGUCACAGUGGAAGGUAAACAGGGCAUAGAGAUCAUCACUGCAAACCUCUUAUAAUAACACAGACAUUGGCUUAACUUACCCAAAGAGAUGCACUAAGGUGCAGCAACCCAUACCGGUUGCAAGAAACCACAACGCGAUAAAGUAUUGAAUGUCAUGCGAAUACGGGACGCUUGCGCAAUUUGAGAGUUUCAUCACAGGACGCGGGACCUUUUUAUGAUUUAAUUCGGGACGCAAAGCCUUCAAAAUGGAAUGUUUCACUCUCUGCUAAAAUACAGGACCCCAAGAUAAAAGGUGUCCCGUAUGAGACGUCGUAAUUUCGGCCAAAAUUCAGGACAUCCCCGCUAAAACGGGCAGCAACAAACAUUGCAUAUACCACCUCUCCCAUUUUUAAGCCGUUGUCUGUGCAGAAUGUUCAUAUUUGGAUACUGCCCUCAUGAAAACCAUAAUCAAUGGUAAAACAUCCAUUGAUAAAAUCUCAUGCAUGGUGAAUAUAGGCAAUCAUGCUGCAUUACCCAUGACAUCUAAUGUGGAUAUGAUAGCAAAAGCGACUGUAGUCUGAACAGAAUAAAAUCUGAUCUGGCCACAUAUAACUUGCAGUUUGAACAGUCUCUCAAAAAAAUCGGAUUUGAGGAAAAAUCUCAUUUUUCCUGUGGUGUGAACAAAGCCAUGGUGCUUAAGGAAAGCACUAUAACAGUUUACAGUUCUAAUUUACCCACAUUUUGCAUUGUUGUUUUAGAACUAUAGACUACCUCAGAGUAUAAAAGUGUAAAGUACAUCAAAGUAAAUGGAUUGGCUGCUGUGGAAAGAGUCGGAGCUACUGCUGUAGUGUCGCAUUAAUUCAACAGCGCACAGAGCCAGAGCUUUGUGUUUUGUGAAUUACGCACGGGAGGACCUGGAGAGCGGAGGUGAAUAUUCAGCAGAGCACUCAGAACUCGUUGAGUGCGUAAUACGGAGACGCCGGGAACCCCCAGUCAAUGUGGACAUGCUUGGUUUUUCGUAAUUAAUAUAUAUUCUUCAGUUUGAUACGUUUGUGCUUGUAGUUUAUUUUUGCGCCCACUUCUUAUUCAUGGGAACUCGUACUUUUAGGACAUAUGUUAAUGGUUAAUGUUUUGCCUUAGUGCAUAAGAUAGCCUACUCAGUAUUUGUAUUGGAUCUGACCUGAUCAUCUGAAUUUUCUACCAUUCGUAUAGCGUUUAAGGAAGACAUGGAAGUUUGCAAGGGACGUUUGCUGGGCAUCUCGGUGGCCGUCGCGCAUGGAUUUUUUUCGGGAUCGCUCAAUAUUUUGUUAAAAUUCCUCAUCACGACGUAUAGCUUCACGUAUCUGACUUUAAUUCAGUGUCUGACCAGUGGCACUGCGGCGCUCACAUUAGAGGUUUUGAGGAGACUGGGUAAAAUAGACAUACCACCAUUCAGCUUUCAUUUAGUGAAAGUUUUCGCAAGUGUCUGUAUUUUGGCAACUUUGCAGUCCACGUUAACCCUUUGGUCUCUCAAAGGACUGAGUUUACCCAUGUAUGUUGUGUUUAAGCGAUGCUUGCCCUUGGUUACGUUGGGAAUUGGAGUGUGUGUUCUGAAGAAUGGGAUCCCAUCACCUGGGGUUAUAGCAGCAGUUCUCAUCACCACUGGUGGAGCUGCACUGGCUGGUGCAGGGGAUUUAACAGGUGACCCUUUUGGCUACAUGACUGGCGUUUUAGCUGUCAUCGUCCAUGCCUCCUACCUGGUGCUUAUCCAGAAAGCAAGUGCAGACAGCGAUUAUGGCCCACUCACAGCCCAGUACACCAUUGCCGUAGUCGCCUCUCCAGUUCUAUUCAUCUGUUCCAUCGUAAGCAUGGAUGCCAUUGAGAUGUGGACCUAUGAAGGUUGGAAGAACCCUAUUAUCACAGGUAUCUUUUGUGCUUGUGUCCUCAUCGGCUGUGCGAUGAACUUCACCACACUGCAUUGCACCUAUAUCAACUCUGCCGUGACCACCAGCUUUGUAGGUGUGGUAAAGAGUAUAGCCACCAUCACGGUGGGCAUGCUGGCCUUCAGUGACGUCACGCCAACCAAACUGUUUGUGGCAGGCAUAGUGGUUAACACAAUCGGCUCUAUCACAUACUGUAUAGUGAAGUACCAUGAAACACAAAAGAAGUUGACCUACCAGGAUAUGGACGAGGCCACCAAGGAUGAAGAACUUCCAGGAGAACCUUGUGUGGAACCAGCCAAGCCUGAUGGGGAUAUGGAAACUCUUCCAAACAAUCUUGACAGUAUUUCAAAUGGCAGCCUGACUGCAUCAGUUGAUGGCAAUGAUCAGGGUCCCAUUCGUGAGAAUAAAGUUGCAGAAUCCAUAGAAUUAGAAAGACCAGCAGUACAAUCAGACAGCGACCCUACAAGACAUUCUCUAAGCGACAGUUAUGUAGGAGUCUGGAGAUCCAUCCGCACUUUAAAGUUCCUCAAGAAAGAUACUUUACUUGACAAUAUGGAGGUUCAAAGUCCUUGAUGAUUGGAUGUCUGCCAGAAAUGCAUGUUAAGUGUUAAAAAACUGAUGGUGUGCACAAUGUUUACCUUUUACUCUCCCGAACAUGGUUUUAUGGAUAAUAUUUAUAUUUUAAAAGAGGUAUAGUCUGUUUGUACAUUAGAGGGAAUAUAACAUAGCAUUUUGGAGAUUAUGAAAUUUAAGAAUACGAAAUUGAGGAAUCCAACAUAUGUACCAAUUUAUUGACUUAAAAAUAAAAUAAAGGAUCCUCUGAUUUACAUAAUCUUUCUCAUCAAAUGAAAAUCAGUUUAAAAAUGACUUUCAAAAAUCAAAAUACAAAAUACAGUACAAAGACAAAUAUCUCAAUUUAAUUGGAUUGCUUUUGAUAUUGAAUGUUUAUUUAUGUUUCUGUGCACGCAGUGUCUGUGCCUGUGUUUUGUCUACGAAUGCAAUUCUUGAACAGGAGGCAGUGAAUUUUUCCAUUUGCAUGUAGUAUGGAAAAUUCAUUGAAAAUAAUUUUAUAUAUACACUGGCGGCCAAAAGUUUGGAAUAAUGUACAGAUUUUGCUCUUAUGGAAAGAAAUUGUACUUUUAUUCACCAAAGUGGCAUUCAACUGAUCACAAUGUAUAGUCAGGACAUUAAUAAUGUGAAAAAUACUGUUACACGAUUACAAUUUGGAAAGAAAGUUCAGAAUUUCUUAAACUAUUUAAGAGUUCUCAUCAAAAAAAAUCCUCCACAUGCAGCAAUGUCAGCUUUGCAGAUCCUUGGCAUUCUAGCUGUCAGUUUGUCCAGAUACUCAGGUGACAUUUCACCCCACGCUUCCUGUAGCACUUGCCAUAGAUGUGGCUGUGUUGUCGGGCACUUCUCACGCACCUUACAGUCUAGCUGAUCCCACAAAAGCUCAAUGAGGUUAAGAUCCAUAACACUCUUUUCCAAUUAUCUGUUGUCCAAUGUCUGUGUUUCUUUGCCCACUCUAAUCUUUUCUUUUUGUUUUUCUGUUUCAAAAGUGGCUUUUUCUCUCUUUGCAAUUCUUCCCAUAAGGCCUGCACCCCUGAGUCUUCUCUUUACUGUUGUACAUGAAACUGGUGUUGAGCGGGUAGAAUUCAAUGAAGCUGUCAGCUGAGGACAUGUGAGGCAUCUAUUUCUCAAACUAGUGACUCUGAUGGACAUAUCCUCUUGUUUAGUUGUACAUCUGGCCUUCCACAUCUCUUUCUGUUCUUGUUAGAACCAGUUGUCCUUUGUCUUUGAAGACUGUAGUGUACACCUUUGUAUGAAAUCUUCAGUUUUUUGACAAUUUCAAGCAUUGUAUAGCCUUCAUUCCUCAAAACAAUGAUUGUCUGAUGAGUUUCUAGAGAAAGCUGUUUCUUUUUUGCCAAUUUUGACGUAAUAUCGACCUUAAGACAUGCCAGUCUAUUGCAUACUGUGGCACCUCAAAAACAAACACAAAGACAAUGUUAAAGCUUCAUUUAAUGAACCAAAUAGCUUUCAACUGUGUUUGAUAUAAUGGCAAGUGAUUUUCUAGUACCAAAUUAGCAAUUUAGCAUGAUUAUUCAAGGAUAAGGUGUUGGAGUGAUGACUGCUGGAAAUGGGGCCUAUCUAGAUUUUAUAAAAAAUUACUUUUUUCAAAUAGUGAUGGUGCUGUUUUUUACAUCAGUAAUGUCCUGACUAUACUUUGUGAUCAAUUGAAUGCCACUUUGGUGAAUUAAAAUACCAAUUUCCUUCCGAAACAGCAAAAUCUGUACAUUAUUCAAAACUUUUGGCCACCAGUGUAAAUUAUGAUCUUUGUGUAUCUUUAAUAAUGUGUAUAAUACAUUCUACCCACCAAUAGUUUUAGUCUGAUGAAACUGCAAUCAUUUAAAAAACAUCUUUGAAUACCAGAUGUCCAUGAUACAGUUUGCUUUACAAAACAAUAUACUGUAGAAUUGGAAGCUACAUUUUGAGCAAAAUAACAGUAGAUUAUUUUGAAUUCAAUUUCUUUAGAGCUUGUAUUGGCUCACUUUACCAUAGUGAAUGUUUACUCAUUCCAUUACGAUGCAUUUCAUUGUUUGUUUGUUUUUUCAGCAAAAGUACCAUUACCACCGGUAGGGAUUGCUAGACUACUAAAAAUGGCAAAACUGUGUAAACAAAUAUAUUUCUAAAUACAGAAGCCCUGCAGCAUUUCCUUAUCCAAACACACAAAGUGAACAUGUCUCUUUAGCAUACCUGCCAAAAUGAGGACAUAAGCAAUGUGUUCAUUUAAGAGUUACUUGCAUAGCCAGCACUUUAACUGCAGGAUCAUAUGUCCAAGGGUGCCUUUAAAAAAAGUGGGGUUCAUAGUCUGAGACCACAUUGAAAAUCUGGGAUUCAUAAUCUAAUUUUAAACAAGAAAAUGUCAGGAUUUUGAAAAAAUGAAAACAAAGAAAUCUAAUGAGGCAAACUUAAUGCAAAAUAUUUAAGAUUCUGCAAUGAUGGAACUAACAAAUAAUUACAUUUGUGGCUUUAACCAUGUUAACGCCUUUGUACAAAAGGUGAAAUUUCCUUGCUUCUAUUGAGGCGCACAAGAUGCUCUUUGGAACAUUCACAAAUCAUGCUGGCUAACAUGUACUGUAUCAUUAAGUUUUUGUACUUGUGGAGUCCAUGCCAGCUCAAGUGCAUGGUGUUAUUAACCCUUAAACGCAUGGCCGUUUUGCCAAACAUCAUUACAUACCUCAGGCCUUUGGCGACCUGGCAUUUAUAUCUAUCACAAAUGGAUCUACAAAAUGUGUACAAACAAAAUUAUGUAAGAAUUUCAAAGCAUUUUUAAGACAAUUUGAAAAUAACAGAAAAGCAUAUAUUUUGUACAUUUUGGUGUUUUUAUUUUACAUAUGUCAAAGAGAUGAUGCAAGAAAAGAUAGAACGGUAUUCAUUACUACUAUACUGAAAUUUAUAAGACUCGACUGCCUGUCAAUUGCAUAUUGAGCUAUACUUAACACAUAAGUUACACAUAUAUAUUUUCUCAGGCACUUAUUGAGUCUAAAUAGAUGCACAACUUGCAGAAUUUCAGUAGUACACUCAAAUGACAGUAGCCAUAUACUGUUCAUGUGUUGUCUUGCUAUAGUUUACCUCCACAUUGCUUCUUCAUCAAAUAACAAUGUCAGAUGUAAAUCAACUCAAUCACUGAAACAACAGUGCCACCUUGAGUAACAAAUAUUAUGUAUAUGUAUAUGUACAUGCAUACGGGAUAAUGAUAAUUUGCCACCAUUGCACAAAAAAAUCCACAUUAUGAAGUAGUAAUUUGUAUGAACAUGGCACUCAUUUGUCUUGUAAUAAACAACUAAAUGGAUAUCCUGUGAUAGUAAACUUAAAUAGAUAUGAAUUAAUCAUAAAAAUAUUAUUUAUGGAAGUGGAAAUAUAUAUUGCGACACUAGUAUGAGGUCCCGGGUCACUAAAGACCUGAGGAAUGCAAUUAAGGGUUAAAGCAAAAGGGGGACAUACCAAAUACUAAUCUUUGAACUCUUCCAGUUCCAUUUCCAGUUAUACCAUCAAUUUGAAGAAACGCAUCUGCUGAAUAAAUAAUGUAAACCAGCCUUGAAUAAACUAGACUUCAUAACCAUUGCAGUAUUAUCUCUUGUGACCAUAAAAACUACAGAGCAAUGUAAAUGCUUUAAUAAGCAACUUUUAUUUUAAACUCCCCAUGGAUUAAAAUCCUCUUUGCCUGACAAUGAACAAAGUAAAAUCAAAUAAAUUUCUCAUGAGUACCAGGUGCUUUUGUUCUAUUUUUUUAAUUGAUAAUAGAUCCACAGCCAGGGCACAGAAUGGAGCAUUAUCUUCUUUAUUUUGCUCAAGGCGUAGUACAAAAAGACAGUUUGCCAGACAAUAUAGCACAAACCCUCAGAGCCAAACAUAUAAAAAGUUAAUGUCAUGCUUCAGGCCAUGGCAGUAAAGAUGUUCUGCUUUGUGAUGUUGUACAUAUCACAUGUUCUUUUGAUGAAGCAUUUGUUUGCUUUUGGUUUUGACUUGUUUUCCUAUUCGUAAAGUGAUUUAUGGCCAGUUGAAGUUUAAUUUAAUGUUCAAUGGCUGCACGAGACUGAUCCAGAACAGAUUGUUCUUUAGAUUAACGACAGCAGCUAAUUUCACUCCAAACAUGCAAUAUUAAAACAAUAAAAAAAUACCGGCACCUGUAUUUUAUGUUUAUAGGUAUACAUUUUGUCUGAAUAUGCAUAAAAGAGCAUUUUUUCUUCAUUAACUGAUGCAUUUGGGUCAUUGCUGUUUUAUGGAGCACAUUUCUCUGAUCUGUUUUCUUAUAUCAGCACAUUCAAAUCUUGCAUAGAAGUGAUUUGCAAAGCAUUGUUUAAUCAAAUUGGAGUCCACUUUUUUUGCCUUUAAAUUAGUCUUUCUCCCUCUCUCUCUCUCUCUCUCUCUCUCUCUCUGUCUCUCACAUUCUCCCCAGAAAAUAGCUUGAAUACAGAAGCUUGAAAAAUGACACUCUACACUGAAGUGCUUGGACAUGGACCACUAAAUUUGCUAGACUCGCCUCUGGCAUAGCGGAACAUAUUGUUGGCACACAUGCAUGAUAGAUAAAAAAAUAAAUAAAUAAAUAAAUAAAUAAAUAAAAAACAGUGAUAAUGUGACGCCAUCUAGUGGGUAAAAGUCACAUUGUACAGUCUAGCAGUUUAAACUGAGGGCACUUACAGUAUAUUGAUGUGUAUUUCUAAACUUUAGUGUAGCCUACAAUGUAUUGAUUUUGUGAGAUUAUACAGAUUUUUUAAAGAUAAAUUUAGAGACCCUUUUAACAUGAAUUUAUAAACGUUCAGUAUCAAACAUUAUAUCAUAGAUCAGUAAUUUUUGUACAUUCAAGACCACUGGCUCAACCAAAAAGCAAAAUGCACCCACUGAAUUUUUGAAGCUCUUUCUCUAAAUAUUCAACUUUUAUUUUAUUCCCUUGACAAUUAAAUAUUUAUUUAUUUAUUUAUUUAUUUUGGUGCUAUUGUCUUGAAUUUCUGUCUUUAUCCACUGUGUAAUUCCAAAUUACACAUUGUCUUUGUUUGUAUAUAUUUAAAUAUUUCAUGUUAAUAAAAAAGACCGCUGUUGAAUCAGUUGUUUUGAAAGACAAAUAAUAUCCAGCGAAACAGAAAUGUGUAAUUAUAUCUCUUUAUAAUUAGAAUUAUAUCUCUUUAUCUUAAUUAUAUUAUAUCUUUUAUCUCUUCAAAAAAAAAAAUUAAAAAAAAAUUAAAAAAAAUUCUCUCUUCAAAAAAUUUUUUUCUCUCUUCCAAAAAUUGUUUUAUUCUCUUCAAAAAAAAAAAAAAAAAAAACAUUUUAUCUCUUCAAAAAAAAAUUUGUUUUUCUCUCUUCAAAAUUUUUUGUUUUUCUCUCUUCAAAAACAUGCAUGCGGUACCAACCUUGGCCACCAGGUGCCACUAUCAGUAAACAUGUAUUAUGCUUUUAACGCUUUCUCUGUUGCUAUAUAGCUGAAUAAUACAUUUAUUAUUAAUAGAGCUGCAGGUUGAUCCCAUUAAUACAAGUACACUUAUCCUGGCAAACAUUUGAUAUUGUAGAUAUAUUUGAAGAGAGAAAAAAAAAAUUUGAAGAGAGAAAAAGAAAAAAAAAUUUUUUUUGAAGAGAGAAAGAACUUUUUUUUAAGAGAGAAGAAAAUAUUUUGGAAGAGAGAAAAAAGAAUUUAAGAAGAGAGAAAAAAAAUAAGACUUAAAUUUAAGGAACUGAGACACUAUUUGUUUUUUCACUCUUAUUAUUAUUUUUUUAAACCGUGCGGUUCAGAGCUUCCGUAA